GACUGCUGUCUCGAAAGCUGCAUCUCUCUAAGGCGCAACCGGUAUGCCCAUCAGCAACCCGAAUCAGCUGGUCGACGAGUUCAAGAAAUCAGGAGAAUUCGAUCGGCUACGACGGGAGCUGCUCAAACAGUUCCAAAAGAGCGAUGGGAUUGACUCGUUCAUGGCCCGAGUAGAAGACAUAGCUCGGCAGCGAAUCAAUGCAGACCAGAAGCUGCAAUACAUGCCACCGGAAGCCGUCCACAGGGAACUUAUGCAGGAAAUUGAUCGGUAUCCGUUGGUAGAACGCGCUGUCGCAGAUGCCCGCAUGCUGUCGGACCCCGGCUUUUCUGCUGGCAUUCAUAGGUCGGUAACUCGGAUCCUCCGCCAAGACAGAGGGGAACCUUUGGAAGAGGAUGAAGCUGGGUCGCCGGAAGCUAUGGACAUCGAUGAGCCGUCAGACGAUGAAACUCCCGUCAACACUCCCAAUAUUAUUUCCCAUCACGCGGACGCGCCACCGCCUCCAGUGCAAAACGAUGUCGCACCGCUGAGGAAUAGUACCCCGGCACUGGAUGGCGUAGAGUCGAAUCCAAUGGACAGUGGACCUGCUCCCGCAGUCGAGUCGGCGGACAUAGAUUCUGCGUCUGUGCCUGACAUCUCGGCCUCGAAGAAAUCCUCCGAAGAUACCACUCAGGUGGACGGUUCCGAUACAUCGAAGGCGGGAGUCGAAGCGCCUUCGGAUGGCCAAACCAUCCAGACAGUGGACGAUUUGACCUCGAAGGCAUCUCCAGUUGCGGACGCCGUUAUCACUGACGCCGGGGAACCUAAAUCCGACUCAAACGCUUCAGACAAUGCACCCAUACCUGACCAUUCCGUCCCCCGUGAUGCAGAUACGACGCAUGUCAUCCAGGAAGCACCAGCAAUGUAA